AUGGACAAAGACGGAGUAGGUUAUGGUAUUGAUCUUCAAAACUUUGAACAAACUGUCAUCAGUCUCUUCGACAAAGGCAUCGCAUGUACCAAAAACGUGCCACAGCUGGAAAAGAUGGUAAUGAAGAAAUUAUUCUGGAGUGCUACACCGUUGUUGGAAACUGUGGGCGAGAAUGAACCUCCCGUGGUCGAGACGAGAGAGUUCAUAAGAAAGGCAACACAGAAGUCUAUCAUACCGUUGAUUGCGUAUGCAAGAGAAUAUGAAAAAUAUUUAGAGUUGUUUAAUUUGGAUAUCAAUGCAUACUUAAGGUAAGGAAGGAUAGAUAAGGUUUAUUGUGUAUUAUUAUAUAACGUAUAGUGCUUUAUGUACUAUUUAAAAAACGAGCAGGAGUGUUUUAUUAGGUUUAAAGCCACGAGCGCGCAGCGCGAGUGGCUUUAGACCUAAUAAAACACGACCAAGUCAUUUAAAAAACCGCGAGUUUUUUAAAUGACUUCAAAAACGUAUGCAUAAUAAGUCAAAUCUUUAUAUAAAAAUCUUCAUAUAAAAAUCUUUAUAUAAAAAUCUUUAUAUAAAAAUCUUUAUAUAAAAAUCUUUAUAUAGUUUGCAUAACAAUGGUCUUUCGUUAAAGUGUUCUUAGUUGGUAUAAAGACGUAUGCACGUGACUAAUUUCUUACUCAAGACUGGAUAAUUGCUUCAUGAAUUAUUAAUGAGUUUUUGAAGUAUAUGUACUAUAUUUAAAGCACGCGUAGGAGUGUUUUAUCAGAUAUAAAACGCGAGGUGCAGCCGAGCGAGCGUUUUAUAUCUGAUAAAACACGACUACAAGUGCUUUAAAUGGCUUAAAAAACGGCCCAUCUUCUGAUGAGUACAUUAGCGAAGUAAUUUUUGAAAUAAACUUUGUCUAAACCGAGAAAAUCAAAGCUAAAGUUUAUGUAAAUUAACAUGAUUUUUUAUCACAUAUAAAGAUACGACACGCUUAUGAUUUUUCUUUGUGUUUUCCUACUGAAUUAUUAAUGAGUUUUUGAAAGAGAUUUCGAGCACUUAUAGAAGUGAUAAUCUCACAUGUGAGAUUAUUCAUGAUAAUCUCACAUGUGAAAAUUAUCGCUUUUCAAUUAUCGCUUUUCUGUAAAAAUUAUCGCUUUUCAAAGACUGUCCUUUAUAUAAUAAACAGAGAAAUACAUGGGUGCGCGGAAAUACCAGAUUUAUUUCGAGUGUUGAACAUGAUUACUUUGAGGUAAUGAAAGUUUAACUUUACUUGAUCCCUGGUUCACAUUUAGAGUUGUUCAAUUUGGAUAUCAAUGCAUACUUAAAGUAUAUAAGGAAGGAUAGAUAAGGUUUAUUGUGUACUAUUUAAAACUCGCGUAGCUCCAGCGUUUUAUAUCUGAUAAGGUACGGACUCCGAGCGCUUUAAAUGGCUUAAAAAACGACCUAUCGAAAGAGUUCAUUGGCGAAGUAAUUUUAAAAAUAAACGUUGUCUAAGCAGAGAAAAUCAAUUGAAAGCUAAAGUUUAUGUAAAUGAACAUAAUUUUUUAUCACAUAUGAUUUUCUUUGCCUUUUCCUCAUCAAUUUUUAAUGAGUUUUUUAAACAUAUAUGUAUACUAGUUAAAACAUGAGCAGUCGAUCUUUAUCUGAUAUACAAAGUUACAAACUCGAGCCGAAGGGGAGAGUUUAUAUAUCAGAUAUAGAUCGGAUGCGAAUGUUUUAACGUGCUUAAAAAUACGACCCAUCUUAUGAGUUCAUUGGCGAAGUAAUUUUAAAAAUAAACAUUGUCUAAGCCGAGAAAAUGAAAGCUGAAGUUUAUGUAAAUGAGGACAAAUUUUUAUCCGAUUUACAAGCAUUGAUUAAACAAUCGUUUCUUUUGUAUUUUCUUCAUGAAUUAUUAAUGAGUUUUUUAAGGUGUAUUUAAAGUACACCUAACCUCAAUUCUUCUAACAUCUCGUUCCUAGGAACCUUUGAAAUGAUAUUGUAACUUAUUUUGAAGAUUUUCGUUUGCACACUUUGUCUCUGAGUUAUUUCAGUUUUAUUGAUAUGCAAAUGUCCGGAAUUUACGUCACAUAUGAAUAAUGACUGAUCAAAGAAUGUAAGGUACAGUUAAAUAUCAUGAAAUAAAAAGACUAAAUGGUGUUUUACAUAGGUACAGUAUGUAAUCCUCCCACAACUCCAAACUUCAUUUUAAUGAAUUAAACUCAUAGUGAAUACGAUAUACGAGCUUUUACUUUAAGUCACUAUGCAUUUGUGACGUAAAUUCCGGGUAUUUGCAUACCAAACAAAUUGAAAUAUCUCAGAACCAAAGUGAGCAAACGAAAAUCUUCAAAAUAAGUUAUUAUAUCAUUUCAGAAGUUCUUAAAGGGUAUGAGCAACAAAAAUUUCUUGCAAUAAAAGUUUCUUUCAUCUGAAAAAGUUUGUGAAAUGGUAAUGGAACAUAUACUACAAAUCUUUCGUAUCUUUCUUUGUUAUUGAAAUAUUUCAAUGUGUUUGUUAUGCAAAUUAUGACGUCACAAGCUGGGUAGAAAAUUUUAAAACAUUAAAAAUAUCAAUUCUGUGUUUAAAUAAGAUUAAAAUAUCCGCUACAUUCUGCACAUUGUUUCUAUUUACUUUGGCAUUCUGUAUAUGACAACUCUUUAUGACACUAACUUGGCAUGUUGAGCAAUCGAAUGGAGUUUUCUGAUAUUUGAAUGUUUUAAAAUUUUGUACCCAGCUUGCGACGUCAUAAUUCGCAUAUCAAACACACUGAAAUAUCUCCAAAACGAAUAAAGAUACGACAAAUUUGUAAUAUAUGCACCAUUACGAUUUGACGAGUUCUUUCAAGUGAAAGAAACUUUUUACAUAAGAAAUUUUUGUUGCUCAUACCCUUUAAGAAUGAGGUGAUGCUUUUUGCUUGAGUCGAUAGUCCUUAGUGAAUUUCUUUCGUUUUUGCAGUGAUUACGACAGUCAAGACCACAGCGCGGUAGAGGUGAAGCUGGAAAUUGAAAAACAUCUUGCAGAAAAAGAAAUUCUUGAAAACACCAUACCUUCCAUGAUUGUCAUUGGUCCAUUUCAAAUAAACACCGAAACGGUUCGUCAGAAACUGGCCACUAAGAGGAAAGCGUUGGCGAAUCAAGUCAUCGAGCUGUUGGCGAAGAAAUUAAGGAAACAGAAUGAAGAGGUUUGUUUGGUGCUGUUUUAAAAGUAUUGUCACUGGUUUAAGCUUAGUAUUGUCACUGCAUGGUACACGCGUAAACAUCUCACAUCUUGUAGGAAGUCUGGCAACAAGUUGUGUUCGCACUGCUUGUCCCAAGUUGUCAACAAGUUUGGAACAAACUGUUAACAACUUGUAACAAACUUGUUGAUAUUAUUAGACUUGAUGCAAGGUUGUUCCAACAAGUCCAAUACAGUCAUGACAUAACAAUAUUGUUACAACCUUGUGUCGUCAACUUUGUAACAUUCUUGUUAUAUCAUGAUUGUAUCAGACUUGUUAGAACAACCUUGUAACAAUCUUGUUAUAUCAUGACUGUAUCAGACUUGUUAGAACAACCUUGUAACAAUCUUGUUAUAUCAUGACUGUAUCAGACUUGUUAGAACAACCUUGUAACAAUCUUGUUAUAUCAUGACUGUAUCAAACUUGUUAGAACAACCUUGUAACAAUCUUGUUAUAUCAUGACUGUAUCAGACUUGUUAGAACAACCUUGUAACAAUCUUGUUAUAUCAUGACUGUAACAGACUUGUUAGAACAACCUUGUAACAUUCUUGUUAUAUCAUGACUGUAUCAGACUUGUUGGAACAACCUAGUAACAAGUCUGAUAGUGCCAUCAAGGUUGUUACAAGUUGUUAACAACUUGUUCCAAACUUGUUACAACAGCUGGGAACAAGCAGUGCGAACACAACUUGUCGACAGCUUGUGAACAUAUUUGUAACAACUUGUUUGCAGACCUGUAACAACUUGUGCGUUUUGUAAGCAUGUAUUCAGGCUUCUUCCCUCAGGAAAAGUUGGCAGAGACGAUUAGGAUACUUAUGUACAGCAAACCCCAUUCACACUUGAGAGAUAUUUCGGGCUUUCUGUAAACACCGCAUAUCAGGCCUCGGUCAGGGUUUAUCUAACUUUUCUACUGUGUUUUCUAGGCAUGUGAAGAGUUCAAGCAGAUAGCGCGUACCCUGUACGACAAACCAAACUGUAUCGAAGAGCUUUCCGAACAGCGAGAGUACAUGAAAACCAUUCCUGAUUUACUGAAGAAAAAUCAAGAACUGAUCGAUAAAGCUGUAGUGGACUAUGAAUUGAUUGAAGAGUUUUAUUACAGUAUAUCACAAGAUGAUUUUAAUGCAAAGUAA